AUGUUAUUUAAAGUUCUAAAUCAAUUGUGUUCACUCUAUGUAGGUUCCGAUAAUAUAGAUCCCCGGAUAACACCUAAACUAAAUGAGAUGUAUCUACAACUGAGAACACCCUGUUCCAAUCGAAGUGUACCAUUAAGUGAAGCUCAAAAAUUACUCGAAUAUCCAGAAUUUAAUGCUACAAAGAGGGUUGUGGUUUUUAUUACUGGAUGGAUGUCUAGUAUACAGGCCGAUUAUAUUGAAGAUAUGGCCAGGGCAUUUCAUUGCAGAGGAAAUUAUAAUUUUUUGGCUCUAAAUGCUUCAAAUUUCGUCCAAACUUUAUACACAUGGUCCGCCUUCAAUACCGAUGCUGUGGGUGCAUUUGUGGGUAAGGGUAUUGCUAAGUUGAGUAAAAAAAUACCAGCCAAAAAAAUACAUCUGAUUGGCCACAGCUUGGGUGCACAUAUUGCCGGCAAGGCGGGACGUCAUUUUCAAAAACUCACCGGACAAACUUUGGCUCGCAUAACCGGUUUAGAUCCAGCUAAUCCUUGCUUCAAUGAAGGUGAAACCCUUUCCGGUUUACAUCGUGGUGAUGCGGUCUUCGUUGAUGUUAUACAUUCCAAUCCGGGUGUGUUGGGUAAAUCACAACCAUUGGGUGAUGUUGAUUUCUAUCCCGGUGGUUUGGCACCUAUCAAACCGGGUUGUGUCAUUUUCAGUUGUUCACAUAGUCGUGCUUAUGAGUAUUUUAUUGAAACAGUUUUUCCCGGAAAUGAAAGGAAUUUUUUGGCGAAACGUUGUAAUUCAUUAACAAGUUAUAAUGCCGGACAAUGUGGGGGUUUGGAAUAUCCAAUGGGUAUUGCAACGCCAACUUAUUUAAAGGGUGAUUACUUUUUAGCUGUAAAUGCAAGAGAGCCCUUUGGAAAGAAUGCUACACGAUUGACAGUGAAUGAGAAGCAUAGCCAGUGUGGCCGUUGUAGUAAAUAA